AUUACGUAAUCAGAGAAUCUAUAGUUUGUGCCUCGGCUAAACCGAAACGGGGAGAAAUGAGAUUUGCAAAACGCAUUCGCGGAACGUCAAAUCGAUUUUAACUGAAAACAAAAACAUCAAAACGUUACAAAAAGGCUUUAAUUUGAGCAUCAGAAAAUGGAUGUCUCCCAGUUCAACGAGUCCCAGAAGACUGUGUACGUCCUCAGAAAACCAUCCAAGAGACAAAAGAUAAUAGAGUCCUCUCAAGCUGUUUCUGAAGGUGCUGCAGUCUCUAUAAAUGAUCCCAAAGUUCCAUUCCUAAGGCUUCUAUACGGCGAGGAACCAAUAGAAAAUGUUAAGCUACGAUACCACUUGUACCAGAAUUCAAUACAAGCACAAGACACAAUUGCAAAGAAAAUCUUGGAUGAAACCAGUGAUCAAAUAUUGACAAACAUUAGCAACAUCAUAAAUCUACCCAUCAACAAUGAACAACUAGACUCUGUGUUGCUUCUCUCAUCCUCAAGCUUUACAAGCAGCUCAAGUUUUAUAUCACAAUUGACUAGCCACUUAUUGAAUGGUGAUCACAACAACCAUAGAGUUGUAAGGUUGAGCUCAAAAGAAUGUAACACAAUCAAAGUGACUUUGAAAAAAAUUGUUAGUUCCAUCUUAUAUGAUACAUUAGCUGACGGUGACAAUUUCAUCGAUAAUGACAGUGAUGAAGAAGAGAAUAAUGUUUCUGAUGAAAGUGAAGAAGAAGAAGAUGAUGAUGAUGAUAUACUAUUGCAACAUAAAAGAUUACCUUUUGAUCUAGAUUCAAUAGUGGAAUGGUGUCAACAAAUCUAUUCCAAAAAGAAUGAAAGUAUCGACACUACUUCAACAAGGAUUGUUUUGCUUUUUGAGGAUACCGACUCUUUCAAUAUAGGGUUAUUGAAUCAUUUGAUUAAACUAAUCCAUCGUUUCACAAAUAGAAUCCCAUUCAGAUUGAUCUUCAACAUUGGUACAAAUGUGGAGAAUUUUUCAAAGAAACUAGAUAAUGAAUUACAUUUCCUUUUGAAGUUUCAUCAAUUUAAAAUUGAACAAACUGGACUUAUCCUAAACAAAAUCGUUUCAGAUAUUAUUUUACAAGGUGAUUUUCUGAUUGGGAAUGAAUCAAUAUAUUUCCUAUUAAACAGAUUUCAAAAUUCAACGAGAGAUGUUAAUGAAUUUUUAAAAUGUUUGAAGUUCCUCAAGAUGAGUUUUUUUUUCAACCAACCUUUUGCAAUUAUUGGUGAAAUAUUACAAAGACAAAAUGGUGAAAUCUUGUUGAAUGAUUCAUAUUAUGCAGCUAUUAAAAACACAGAAUCUUUCCGUGAUUAUAUAAAUCAAUCAAUCAACUCUGACCAAUACGACCCAGAUGAGAUUUUGGCAUUGAUUAAUCAAGACAAUAAAGAUAAUGAUUUGAUUUCAAAGUUAGUUAUCAAAGCAACAAAUGACUAUAUUAAAAAUUUGUCAAACUUCAAAACUGUCUUCAAAAUUAUAACAAAUGUUUUGUUAAAACAUGUAUCAAUUUCAAAACAGACUUAUCUUGAAAUAUUGGCCAAAUUAACAAAUAAAGAUGAACUUGUUAGAAACCAGCUCCUUAAUGAAAUCCUUACAUCUUUGAAAAAACUGGAGAUAGAUGCAUUAGAGGAUUUAUUACAUAACAUCAAUGAGGAAGCAGCAAAUAAUGAUUUAUUACAAUCUUUGAACUCAAAAGUUAAAGCUGUUUCGAUUGAUUUAACAGCACUAAAAGAAACUUUAAAUGAUCCUGAGUCUUCCAAAAUUCAAUUCAAAAUUGAUUAUAGAAAAUUAUUGGAAUCUUUAAUAUCAACAAUUGAUUUUUUUUUGAAAAAAUCAUUUAAAAAUCCAUUUGAAUUAUUGUUCAAUGAAGUUUUCCAGUUAAAUGAUUUGGAUAUUUUAAAAUCAACAAUCAUCCCACAAACUAGAACAAUAAUUGAAGAUUCUUUAACUGAUCCUGAAUUAUAUAUCAAUAUGAAUAAUAAGUCACAAACACAAGAUCCAUUAGAACGUUUAAACAUCAUUUUAAAUCCAAUCAUUUGUGAGUUAUUUCAAAUUUAUCGUGAAACAAGUUUAAAUUUAAAUAUCUAUGAUUUUUAUCAAGUUUUCAAAAAUUCAUUAAGAAGUGAAGAAAUUAUGAAAUUAUUUAUGGAAAUAUUAGAUAAUACUGAUUUAUUAGAAAAAUAUUUAAAUGAUGCUGAUAGAUUCAAAUUCAUUUAUAUUUUUUUCAAUGAUGCUGAUAUUUCAAAUGAAAUGAAAUUUGAUAAAUUAAUGUUGGUUUUCUUUCUACAAAAAUGUGGUGAACUAAUAGAUUGUGGAUUUUUAAAACAAAUCAAAAGAAAAGGUGACUCUCUAGAGAAAUGUAUCUGGAGAGGACUAUAA